GAACUAGAAUUUCCCGAGGUCCCACCAGAGGUUCAAAGUGCCAGGCACCUCUCGGGUGCCAACUAUACGACUUUCACACUCUGACCCGAUCUACCUCACUAUCACGUCGUUGUAAACAGGGGGCAUACUACUGAGCUCAGCGUUGCGACCGCAAGCGGACCCCUUGGGUUUUCAAACCUGUUGACAGUCGACCUCUCUCCUUUUUGCCCUUAUUAAUCACAAGUUUCUAUUUUAGCUAUGCGCAAAGUCUAACUUUAGUCUUGGAAGCUGUGCCUUGUUCUCAGUGUCGUUUAUAUUAGUAUGGAAUUAGCUUUCAGAAACACAGUUAAUGUCGCAGUUAUUCUGGGAUGUGUAAUCAUCUCCAGUAACUCAUGUCCAGUCGGAGCCUACCUCUACAAUAAUCGCUAUGCUGGAGAUCAAGUUAUUAGAGUGACCCCGGUCAGUAAUGGAGAAGUCGAGGAGCUGAGGAGGCUAUUUGCAAAUUUGACGGUGGACCUCUGGAGGCCCAACAGCGCAGCGCUGAUCCGGGAGAGCGGCGACGUGGACCUGCACGUGGGGCGGAACCACACGCGAGGCCUCAGGGCCGGCCUUCAGCGAGCGCACAUCCGCCACAAGGUUCUUAUUUCCAAUCUUCAGAGUGAAAUCGAAAAGCAAACAGGAUAUAGAUCCUCCAGGAAGCGACGUUCAGAAUUCCAGUACGACUACGAGGUGUACCACUCUCUGGAAGAGAUCCAGAGCUGGAUGUAUGAAAUGAACAGGACCCACCCGCACCUAGUGGACAUGUUCUCCAUCGGCAGGUCUUUUGAAGGAAGGCCUCUCUACAUCCUUCAGCUAGGAAAGAGAACUCGCUCCUACAAGAAGGCCGUGUGGAUCGACUGCGGGGUCCACGCCCGGGAGUGGAUUGGACCAGCCUUCUGCCAGUGGUUUGUGAAAGAGGCACUGCACUCAUAUAAGUACGACUCCGUAAUGAGAAGACUAAUGAAUCAGCUCAACUUCUACAUCAUGCCCGUCUUCAAUGUCGAUGGCUACCGUUACAGCUGGACAACGGACCGUUUCUGGAGGAAAACGCGCUCUAAAAAUGCCAAGUAUCAGUGCCGAGGGGUGGACGCCAACAGAAACUGGAAAGUGAAGUGGUGUGAUGAAGGGGCCUCUUCCCACCCCUGUGACGACACCUACUGCGGGCCCUUCCCCGAGUCCGAGCCCGAAGUGAAGGCCGUCGCCAAGUUCCUGCGCAAACACCGCAAGCGCGUCAGAGCCUACAUCUCCAUCCACGCCUACGCCCAAAUGCUCCUCUACCCCUACUCCUAUAAGUACGCCACCAUUCCCAACUUCAGCUGCGUGGAAUCAGCUGCUCAGAAUGCUGUUACUGCACUGUACUCGGCUUAUGGUGUGAGGUACCGGUAUGGACCUGCCUCUACCACCCUCUACGUGAGUUCUGGGAGCUCCAUGGACUGGGCCUACAAGAACGGCAUCCCCUACGCCUUCGCCUUCGAGCUGCGCGACACCGGCUACUUCGGCUUCCUGCUGCCCGAGACCCUGAUCAACCCCACCUGCACGGAGACCACGAGGGCGGUGAAGACCAUCGCCUCGGGCCUGCUCAAGAAGUGCCCGGUGUGAGGACUGGGCUCUGGUUCUCUCUCUCUCUCUCUCUCUCACCACCGCGGCACCAACCGGCACACCGGCAGUAUCCCUCCUGAUGCCACUUACAGGCCAAGAAAAGGGAGCAGUCUACCCGAACAGUGCUGUAGUGCACGCAUUGCUUAAUUCACCCGUAGGUAUAUUGUAAGAAUUAACUACCCUAUUGUAACAUUUGAGGCUUUUUUAAUGAGAUCAGCCUAAUUUCAGGAAAUGAAUAUGUGUAUGUAUACAUACUAUAUCUGUAUGUAUGCAUGAUUUAUAUAUGCAUACAUAUAUGUACAAGUAUGUUUAUUUUGGUGGUGGGAUAACACGCCAGGCACUGACUUACAGAUUACUUUACAGACGUUGUUGACCGACAUAAACACAUACACUUGGGUUUUGUUUAUAUGUUAUAGCUGUUUUUGUAUAGGGGCCAAUUGCAGUAACCGAUUAUGUAAGGCCUCAGUCUAUUUAUAUGUAAUUAAAUUAAGGCUCUUAAUGAAAAGAUUGUAAAGGUCAGAGUUGGCAAUGAAAUUCAGAAGAUAGGAUUCUGACCUUUCCCAUCACAUUUAUUACCAGUAGCAACUCAGUACCCAUGGGACAUUUCACUACAUACAAAAGGAAAACUCAAGCACUUGAAACAUAGCCUCAGCUUAAUUUGCUGUUUUUGCAUACAGAUCUAUUUUCAGAUUGGAUAUCACUUUUUUAAAGUGCUACAUCCAUCUCAUAUGCAAGCCUUUCAUUACUGAAUAGACAAAAUGUCAAAAAUCUCAUAACCUGAUUUGCCAUGAGCCAGUAGCGAGAUUAAAGGUGACAUAAAUGCACCCCGCCCAUUCUCGGUGGAGGCUGCUGGAAGACUCUCUUGGCUUCUUUUGGUGGUGCAGCAUAAAACAAAGCAAUGCAGUCUGAGAUAUGUUUCAUUUUACUCUUUCUCUCGUUCAUUAUUUCAUUGUAGUCCACAUCAUUUUCCUAGGUGCCUUUUUUGUUCUUUUGUUGCAUUGUUGUAAAGUAUGUACAACCCAGUCUGAUUUUGUUGAAUCUUGCUAGCCUACUGAGGCAAUUGAAAUUGAAGGCACUCAGUUUCCUUAAUUUGGCAUUUGUCUUUGUUAAGACAAAUUCUGAGUUUGAAUUGUGUGCACUGAUCAUUUUGAGAGGACAAAAUAGUGCUUUACAGUAAUGACCACUGCAAACAACAGUGUGUUUGACAGGUAAAGGUCAGAACUGAAUAAUGUGGAAGACUCUUCAUUACAAUGGGAGCGUUCUGUGCCCUCUCUGUAGAGCAGCUUAAUUAUUGCAGUGAUUGCAGAAGUCUACUGAUUUCCCUCAGCCAUAGACUCUAGUCAUAAUCCUAAUAGCCCUCUCCCCACACUUCAGCAGUCAGUUCUGCUCAGCCUACUCUCUCCUCCUAUAGCAGCAAUAGACCCUGUUCAGACUACUCUCUCCUCCUAUAGCAGCAAUAGACCCUGUUCAGACUACUCUCUCCUCCUAUAGCAGCAAUAGACCCUGUUCAGACUACUCUCUCCUCCUAUAGCAGCAAUAGACCCUGCUCAGUCUACUCUCUCCUCCUAUUGCAGCAAUAGACCCUGUUCAGACUACUCUCUCCUCCUAUAGCAGCAAUAGACCCUGUUCAGACUACUCUCUCCUCCUAUAUCAGCAAUAGUCCCUCCUGACUCAACGAUUCAAGAAUAAACCUUUCUCGGACUACUGUAUCCCCCUGCCUAAGUAAUAGGCCCUCCUCUGAGUACUCAAUCUUCCUAUCUCAGUAAUGCUGCCUACUCUGAAUACUCAAAUCCCCUUGUCCCACUAAGAGAGCCUAACACUCAUAAUACUUCUUCUCACACUGCUUCCUUCCAUAAAGCUCAGGGCAGUAGGUGAACACAAGGCUCUACAGACUUAGAAAAGUGUCCUGGCUUCUCUAUUAGUGGGGAGCUGCAUGAAUCUUGAGCUGCCAGUGCAGUGUCAAGCAUAACAGUGACAAGCAGGUCACACACAGAUAAGCUCGCACAGAAAAAUGAAGUUAAUUGUGGGCAGUAUGACUUCCAAAGAGACUAUUAAUGUUGAGCUUGUCAAGAUAUUAAGUAUCUUGGGGCACAAACGCAGAACACACAAACUAUCCCCUUCAAUUCCACUUUCCUUAGUGUUAAGGGGGGUACAUUUCAGUAGAAUUUCUAACAAUGUGAAAAUGUUUACAAAAGAUAUGGGGCUAUUUCACUAGUGCAUAGUAUACAUUUUAAAAGCAGUAUCACAGGCAUUUACAAAUUAUGUUUCAGUGGAUCUCCAAAGGUGCUAAGCUGUACAUUUGUAUUCAGUCAUAUGAAUAAGCAUUGUUUUGUAUCUGGUAUUUAUUUUAUUUCAUGUUUUUACAGCUACAAUUGUUGUUAGCAGGGGCAUUGAACAGUGUAUUUUUGAUGAAAGUAAAGUUUUAUACAUUUUUACUACA